AUGGGCGUCCCGACCAAUGGUGCGAAGUCAAGGAUCCUCAUUCCUGAAAAGGUGUCUCCGGAUGGGCUGGCAUUGCUGAAGGAUAGCUUCGAGGUCGAUGAGAAGAAGGGCCUGAGCCCUGAUGAGCUCAAGAGCAUCAUUGGCGACUAUGAGGCGCUUAUUGUACGGUCAGAGACCAAAGUGACCGCGGAGCUCCUCGACGCCGCCAAGAAGCUCAAGGUAGUCGCAAGAGCUGGCGUCGGCGUUGACAAUGUGGAUGUGCAGAAAGCCACUUCCCUGGGCAUCAUUGUUGUGAAUUCGCCUUCUGGAAACAUCAACGCUGCUGCGGAACACACCAUUGCACUGAUGAUGGCUGUUGCUCGAAACAUUGGAGAUGGAUGCUCGAGCAUCAAGGCCGGGAAAUGGGAACGAAGUCGUCUGGUUGGUGUAGAGGCGAAGGGCAAGACGCUCGCCAUUGUGGGAUUGGGAAAAGUCGGGCUCACUGUCGCGCGGAUUGCAAAUGGCCUCAGCAUGCGUCUAAUCGGCUAUGAUCCAUACGCAAAUCCGAAUCUGGCUGCAGCUGCAUCUGUCACCCUGAAGCCCAGCCUCGCAGACCUCCUCAAGGAAGCAGACUUCUUGACAUUACACACACCUCUAAUUGCGUCUACUAAAGGCAUGAUAGGCAAGGCGGAACUAGCGACGAUGAAGCCCACGGCCAGGAUUUUGAAUGUUGCAAGAGGUGGUAUGAUCGACGAGGAUGCUCUCGUAGAAGCAUUAGACGCCGGAACGAUUGCGGGAGCUGGUAUCGAUGUCUUCACCUCGGAACCACCACAGCCCGACUCGUCAGCAAGCCGUCUAAUUGCUCAUCCUAAAUGUGUUGCUACACCGCAUCUCGGUGCGUCCACCAAGGAAGCUCAGGAGAAUGUAUCGAUCGACGUCUGCGAGCAAGUUGUAUCCAUCCUUUCUGGAGAGCUUCCGCGCUCCGCCGUCAAUGCGCCCAUCAUCCUUCCGGAGGAGUUCCGAACAUUGCAGCCAUUUGUCACACUGGUCGAGAAGAUGGGCUCUCUCUACACGCAACACUACUCCUCGCGCGUAAACGCAACGCACUUCCGCACAACCUUCGACAUCACCUACGAAGGUGCGCUCGCCAACUGCAACACCACAAAGCCUCUCUUCGCUGCCCUCGUCAAGGGCCUCCUCACUCCAAUCACCUCUAGUGACGGCCUGAAUAUCAACAUCGUUAAUGCGGAACAGCUGGCCAAAGAACGCGGUAUCCUGGUUAACGAGCAGCGGAGUCGCGAGAACGUAGAAGACAAAGCCUAUUCAUCCUUCAUCACCCUCCGUGCCCGCGCAUCCCGCUCAACCUCACAGGCCCGUCCCGGCGUCUCACGCUCCAACUCGGAAGCAGCGGCCCGCUCGCUCAAGCCGCAGGAGACCGAGGAAGAUCAAAUCAUUCAAGGUUUCGUAUCUGGCAACAAGCCCUUCAUCUCACGGCUCGACCGCUUCAAGGGCGAAUUCGUCCCGCGAGGCACGCUCCUCAUCUGCCGCAAUUUCGACUCUUGCGGCAAGAUCGGGUAUGUUGGAAACCAGCUAGGCAAGGCAGGCGUCAAUAUCAAAUUCAUGAAUGUUGCGCCGCUGCACGACGAUGUGGAGGAGGGACAGAACGGUGAUGUGGAAGGUUCGGAGGCGCUGAUGAUUCUGGGGGUCGAUAAGCCGGUCGAGGAGGAUGUUGUUAAAGGGUUGAUUGGGCCUGAGGGUGUCUUGGAGGCGAGUGUUGUUACUCUGUGA